AGGGAUAGGGGCUCGGGGCCCAGCACUCCCUGACUUUCUCUCUUCUUGGCGCAGUGCCAGUCAUGAGCGCGGCAGAAGAGCGCAGCCCCUCUCCGUGGGCGGAGGAAGAGCCCCGGAGCCCAGCUGGCUCGGAGCGGGAGAUCUCGUGUGACAUCCAGUGCUGGUCGGAUAACGAGGAGUGGGGGCCAGACAGCCCAGCUGGCACUGGAGCAGUUGGAGACAUCCUUUCCCCACCGGACGGCAGCCCCGCAGCCUACGGGACCAGCUACCCUCGUGGCUUGCACCAUGACGGCAAGCUGGGUCUCCACACCGCCUCGCACGAGGACAGCGAGCUUGGGUUGCACGCUGGCUCAGAUGAAGAUGGCGAGCUCGACUUCCACCAUGGUUUGCACGAGGAUGGUGCACUGGGACUGCAUGACGGCUUGCACGAGGAUGGUGAGUUCAGGCUGCAUGCCGGCGAGUUCUGCUUCCCUGCUGGCUCAGAUGAAGAAGGUGAGUUCGGGCUGCAUGCCAGCUCGCACGAGGACAGUGAGCUCGGGUUACACGCUGGCUCAGAUGACGAUGGUGAGCUCAGCUUCCAUCGUGGCUCAGAAGAAGACAGCGAGCUCGGUUUGCACACUGACUCGCACAAGAAUGACGAGCUAAGCUUCCCUCGUGGUUUGCACGAGGAUGGCAACGCCGGGUCGCACUCCAACUCGCACGAGGAUGACGAGCUAAGCUUCCAGGGUGGCGCGCAUGAAGACAGGGAGCUCAGGUUGCACGCCGACUCGGAUGAGGAUGUCGAGCUCAGUUUCCGUGGGGUUUCGCACGAGGACCGGGAGCUCGGGUUGCACGCCGGCAUGGGGAACCCCCCUGCCUUUGAUCUCGCUGGCAGUUCGCACCCAGCCUCUGCAGCGUGGCCUCCCCUGGGCCACCCACCUUCCCACCCUGCCCCGUCGGCGCGCCCCUUCCAGUGCCCGGAG